GUGGAAGAUUCCUCCGCCACUUGCGAGGCAGCCUCGCUCCAGCGGCGGAAGGCCACCCGCUCGUCUCCACCGGCCGCCUUUUGUUCGCUGUGUCCCGGGAGAAAAGCACCGCCGCCGCGUCCACGUACAGCGCACACUGGCUGGAAAAUGAUCAUCUGUGCGAAUAAGAUGGAGUACCCGCUCAGAAGCCAAUGCCAGGCCAUGGUGAACAGCGAGAAGGAGCGAGUGUCGCUGCUCUUGGUGAAGGCGCUGAUGGGCCGAGGCAGCGUGGACGCCGUCUCCCAGCAGAUGGCCUCUCACCCGCAGUACUUGGAGAGUUUCCUGCGCGCGCAGCACUACAUCCUGCACAUGGACGGCCCCCUGCCGCUGCCCUGCCGCCAUUACAUCGCCAUCAUGGCGGCCGCGCGACAUCACUGCAACUAUCUGGUGUACCUGCACUCGGCCCAGUUUCUGAGGCUGGGCGGGGACCCCGUUUGGCUGCAGGGCUUGGAGGCGGCCCCCCCACGCCUGCGCCUGCUGGACCACAUCAACAAAGUCCUGGCCCACCAGCCCUGGCUCACCGCCUGCUCCCACAUCAAGACGCUGCUGAAGUCGGGCGAGCCGUGCUGGUCGCUGGCGGAGCUGGUGCAGGCGGUAGUCAUCCUGGCACACUGCCACUCGCUAUGCAGCUUCGUCUUCGGCUGCAACGCCGACUCCGACUUGGCGCCACUCGGCAAAUCUCCCAACGGUACACCGCCCACCUUCUGCCCCUUUGACGCUGCUAACGGCAACCCCGGCGUGCCUCAGUCGGAGCGCAGAACACGACCACGGGUAAAGAAAUGUUCUUUGGUGAGGACAGUUGAUAAAUGUUGAACUAUGCAGCCUGGG